AUGGAUGCAGAAACUCCCAAAAAACGAAUAAGAAAAAGUAACUGGGACCCCAGGGAAGAGAUUACAUUAGUGGAGGAGGUACAGAAGAGGGAGAAGGUACUCUUCGGAAAAUUAGACGGGUCAGGGAGGACUUCUGUUGAUAAGACAAAGGCCUGGAAAGAGGUCACUGACCUAAUCAAUGCUGGAACAAAAGAGAAGAGAAGUGCUAUUUUGAACCCUAAGACUGAGGGAGGGAAAAAACCAUCAUCCCCGAAUGUUGGUGAACAGUUGUUGUUGGACAACUUGGAAGGCAGACCAAGUCUAUGUGGCCUUCCUAGUGGAAUAGACACUGCAGCUGAAUCAGUUGUAGAUUUCUUGGAUGACAACCAUGCCUUGCAUGAAUUUGAUUUGACUAGUGAGACCACUCAACUUGAGCAUUUAUUACCACAAACACAGCCUCUGCCCUCCACAUCUACCACUUCAUCAACAGAGCCUCAGGUUCAUUUGAAAGUUACACCAGAAAUGCUUCUUCAAGAAGAACUAAUCAACAUCAAAGAAAGAAGAAAGCUUAUUAAAGAACAACAACAGCUUGCCCAUCUUCAGAAACAGCAUGUAAUGUUAAAAAUUAAACAGAAAGAUCCCUUUUUCAAUUUCGAACACCUUAUGAAUGAAAUGUAAAUUUUAUUAAAUAGGUGGUAAUAAAUACACUGGUUUUUGCAUGUGCGAUGUGCCU